ACUCCACCACCUCCCACCAAACACAAGGGCUUCAUGGGGAAAGGAGCAGUGCUGCACAAAUUCCACUAACGGCAGCAAAAUGAGCUUGUGACAACUCAUUAAAUUUACUCACUUAAGCAUUAAACUGGUGUUUAACUAACAGACUGAUGGAGAUGAAAACCCAUUAAACGUACCUUAGCAGAGGAAGCUGAUAUUGGGGUAAAACCACCAGGGUGGAUGUAGCCUGGAGCCCCGCAUGUUGAACGACUAAUGGAGCACAGCUGAAUGCUGUUACAGCCCUCAGGGCCACCUGGAUAUAAAGCCUGAGCAAGACGUGGUGGUGCAAUGGUGAGGGAAGGGUUGGGUGUUUUGGGGAGGAGGUUUCUUAUGUUUUUCUUCUUUUUUUAAAUAAAAAAAAAGUCAAGUGAAAGCUAUAUAGGUUUUUGUAGCAUUAAAUCUGUUUCUUUUGUGGCUGUCUGAAGUUGUACAUUAAAUAUAUCUCAGGUUUUCAACCACUUUGGUCUGAGAAGUUAAAGCACUUGGAUUUAAAAUGAAGGAUGAAAUUGCUGCUACGGUCUUCUUCAUCACGAGGCUGAUAAAAAGGGAAGACAAGCUGAGCAAGCACAAAAUAGAGAGAUUUGCAGCUAAGCUGACAACACUGCUGUUUGAAAAGUACAAGAAUCACUGGUACUUGGACAAUCCAUCCCGAGGACAGGCCUUCAGGUGUAUAAGGAUAAACAAACAUCAGGCAAGAGAUCCACUGCUGGAGCAAGCUUGUGUGGAGAGUAAUGUGGACUUCAACAAGCUUGGUUUGCCGAAAGAGAUGACGCUGUGGGUUGAUCCAUUUGAAGUGUGCUGCAGGUAUGGAGAGAAGAACCGGCCGUUCACAGUUGCUCACUUUGAAGGAGAGGAGAACCCGGAGCUCUCCCAGCAGAUCAAUUACGCUGUUGACAGAGCAGCACUCGACUGUCCUUCUGGCACCUCUUCGGAUGAGGAGAGCUUCAACAGGGAACCAAAAGCCAUCCCUACUGUCAGCAAUCCUAACAGUGUCUACCAGUUUGACUACUGCAAGACACCCUUACACUCCUGGUCUCAGUAUCUUCAUAGGAAGAUGCACACGAGUGGCUCAUCCUAUGCCCAGCACAGGGCUUACAAAGCCUUCAGGCCAGCUGUUGCUUUCCCAGGACCACGUGUUGAUAGAUACCACUGGAUCAAUACCAAGCGCUAGAUCUGUGGCUGUCCCUGUUCCAAGAGCCUCCAACGCUGAGCUGUGCUGUGGGAUGAAAGCUGGUGCUACAGAGCUUCAUGAAAAGAGAAUGAACUUACUGUCUGUUCCCUAUCCUCUUACUCUGUACUAUUGAAACUCUGAGGUUUUUAAAUAACAUUUUAAUAUUUUAACAAUGUUAACAAGACUGAAAAUUAACAUGAGAUGCUACUUGUAAACUAAAAAGGAAAUGCAUAUAUAUCAAUAAAUCUAAUCAUGUUUUCUUUUAAAAAGCUGUCCAAUCCCCUCUUGGUGCCUGAAGGGAGUUUAAAAAAAGGUUUUGGUCAAAACAUGACUCAAGGAAGAUUGGCAAUAAAUACACCCUUAGAGCUGAGGAUACUGCUUCCUUCUGGCCGAGGUAGCAAGGGCAGCAGCGUUAGUUGCACUGGGAGCAAAAUGUCUGCAGCUCACAAUGGGUGAAGCUCUGCUCUGUGCAGCUGUGAAGGAUGGUCCUGUGCCCCCAUCUGGGUUUCUGACUCUGUCGAUAGCUCACCUGUCAGAAGAAGUUAGCCCAUGGACAGGAGAGGGAUGGAUAGAUGGUGGUGUAGCUCUCUGCAGCUGUGAGCAGCACAGCAAACAUCGCCUGCUCCAUGGAUGGAG